AAAACCGAAGGGAAAAGAAAAGCACAUUUUUUUCAUCAAAUCCUAUCACAUUCCCACGAUUUCAGCUCUGCUUCUUCGAAUCCAUGCACUUACAGAUUCAACUUCUAGGGUUUCGUUGAGGCUACUCUGGAUCAUUGUUUUUUGUGUGGUCUAGGUGUUUUCUUGAGCGUUUUCGGCCGGAGGGUCGUCCAGGCGGUUCGAUUUCUGGGUUUGUAGAUCUGAGUUUUGCUUGGCAAUCUUUUCCCCUCAAUUCACCAUGUUUUGGCGCAUGGCAGGAUUGUCCACAGCGUCUCCUGUGGAGACAAUUUUGGAUAAGGAAAAUUUUACAUUAGAGGAGCUUCUAGAUGAGGAUGAAAUAAUUCAGGAAUGCAAAGCACUUAAUAGUCGACUUAUUAACUUCUUGAGAGAAAGAACACAGAUUGAACAGCUCAUCAGAUAUAUUGUCGAAGAAGCUCCUGAAGAGGCUGAGAAGAAACGAAGUUUUAAGUUUCCUUUUAUCGCUUGUGAGAUUUUUACUUGUGAAGUUGAUAUAAUUCUCAAAGCAUUGGUGGAGGAUGAAGAGUUGAUGAACUUGUUGUUUUCCUUCCUAGAACCCAAGCCUUCUCAUAGCACACUAUUGGCUGGCUACUUCAGCAAGGUUGUCAUAUGCUUGUUGUUGCGGAAGACAAUUUCUUUUAUGCAAUAUGUUCAAGCACAUCAAGCAAUUGUUAAGAAACUAGUUGACCUGAUAGGAAUUACGUCCAUCAUGGAGGUCUUGAUAAGGCUUCUUGGUGCUGAUGAACAUCUGUAUUCAAGCUACACAGAAUCAAUGAAGUGGAUUGAAGAGACUGAUGUGCUGGAGAUGAUAGUGGAAAAGUUCAGUUCUUCAGAUUCUUCAGAAGUUCAUUCUAAUGCAGCAGAAACACUUUGUGCUGUUACUCGAUUUGCUCCUCCUGGUCUCUUGGCUAAAAUUUCCAGUCCAAGUUUUGUAGGAAGACUGUUUCGCCAUGCCUUGGAAGAUUCACGACCAACAUCUGUUUUAAUAAAUUCGUUAUCAGUGUGCAUAUCCUUGUUAGAUCCUAGGAGGCUGACUGUUGGAACAGCUUAUUCAUACAACCGCCAAAUAACUCAUGGAUCUACAGUUUCAGCAACUAUGGAGACUGUAGAAGGCAUGUUGGAGAGUUUAGGUAGGUUGCUCAAGCUUUUGGACGUUUCUUCAUCAGAGAAAGUUUUGGUUACUACAUACGGAAAGUUGCAGCCACCUCUUGGGAAACAUCGCCUGAAGAUUGUAGAGUUCAUAUCAGUCUUACUCACGGUGGGUAGCAAAGCUGCAAAGGAGUUGAUUCACCUUGGAGCAAUCAAACUUAUUUUGGAUUUGUUCUUUGAGUACCCAUUCAAUAACUUUCUGCAUCAUCAUGUAGAGAAUAUUGUAGUGUCAUGUUUAGAAAGCAAGAAUUCUUCACUUGUAGAGCAUCUUCUUCAUGAUUGUAAUCUUGUGGGGAAGAUACUGAACGCAGAAAAACAUUUCACUUUGCCAGUUGAUGUAAAUAAGCCAACAGUUCCUGCAGAAGGUAGAUCACCACCUAGGAUAGGAAAUAUUGGUCACUUAACACACAUAUCCAACAAACUUGUUCAACUAGCAAACAGCAGUAGUGAGAUUCAAUCUCAUUUGCAGGAGAACACUGAAUGGAAUGACUGGCAAACAAAUGUCCUUUUGAAGCGUAAUGCAUUGGAAAAUGUCUACCAGUGGGCGUGUGGGCGCCCAACAGCACUGCAGGAUCGAACUAGGGAUAGUGAUGAUGAUGAUUACCAAGACAGAGACUAUGAUGUUGCAGCUCUAGCUAAUAAUUUGAGUCAGGCUUUUCGAUAUGGCAUUUACAGCAAUGAUGAUAUGGACGAGGCUCAUGGCUCACUUGAACGUGAUGAUGAGGAUGUUUAUUUCGAUGAUGAAUCUGCAGAAGUUGUUAUAUCCUCUCUGCGUCUAGGCGAUGACCAGGAAAGUGGCUCUCUCUUUACGAAUUCAAAUUGGCUUGCUUUUGAGAAUGAUUUAAUUGAAAAUGAUCGUACAACUGGCUUGCUUGAUUCUCCUACCCCGGGUAUUAAAGAGACUGGAGAAGUCGUCAAGGAUGGUGGUGAUGAUUUUGUUGGUGAAGAUGGUGAUUUGAAUGACACUGUAGCACCUUCUCCAGAUUCACAAGGGACAUCAGAUAACUCACGCAAUGUAACAAGCAGUUCAAAAGAAAUUGUAGCCAACGAGACUGACAAGCCGCCUGAAUGGGUCGAAUGGAGGGAGACCUCAAACGAUGAAGGUUCAUCUUUAACACUUCCUAAUGGGGAAGCUGCAGUAGUUUCAGAGGUUACUGAACCAGAUGCCGCAGAACCCUCUCUAUCCGCUGAUGCAUCGACUGGUGAAGAAGCUGUAGUUGGACAAGGACCAUCACCAACCAGUGAUCAUGAUAAACUGGAUUCUUCUGAUCUGUCGAAAUCCGGGGAAAACAUCAAUAUAAAAUCAAAAUCUACCACUAGUGAGGAAACAGUCAAUGAUGCAGAAGCCAGUGAUAUAGCAAUGGGCGACAAGAUCCCAAAGGAAGCUGGGAACUAGUUCAAAAGAAACGCUGACUGAUAUGUUCAACGUUGAUCCUGUGGGUAGAUGAACCCUUAGGCAUGUUUUGCUGGGUAGGGUACUGUAUUCUUAGAUCCUUGUGUACAUCAAUCAAUGGGGCAAGGUGAAGGUAUAAUAGGUUGAUUAUUCUUUCUCACCCUCGGUAGAAAAGUUGAGGUCGUCUUAUGUUUGGCAGAAGGUUCUGAUGUCAGAUAUUUUUUUGCGAGUAAUUGAAUAGUACUUUAGUUGUUGAUGGGCGCCGACAAGGUUUAUCUUAAUUCUCCGUCUGCAAAACUUUACCUCUGCUUAUGGAACACUAUUGUGCA